GGUUCCGUUAGAUUCUAACGAGUUCCUGACAGUUGUAGUUCUUCCCUUGGAACUUUUUUCUCGUCGCGAAUUAGAUAGCUAUCGAAAGCUUACGCAGGAAGCGGGCGGCGGUGGCUAUCGUAGGACGAUGAACGUCAAAGACAGCAGCGACGAGGACGAAUCGCACGAUAUUUCGGCGUUCGCCAAGUUCGACGAGACAAUCGAAGUGCGUAACGCCGAGGAGAUAAAGAGCCCGGUUAGCCGUAGGCCAGCGAGCUCGAGGAGGCCAAGGCAAACACCAAAAAUGGAGAGUUUGAAUUCCAUGGGGAUAAAUUCCCCGCGAGAGAAGCUGAACUUUCGAAGAUACUCCGACAAUGACAAUAGCAUUGGAAAGUCAUUGGGAAUCAGCAGUGAUCCCUCUGACAGCGAAGAAAGCGACGAUGACGACAUACAGGGGACGAAUAACGCGCAGCCGAUAGAAGUAUACAAUCCUAAGGACUUCGAGAACUUGGACGUGUCGAUGGAAGUGAAGGAACUGUUCCAAAACAUAAUAAGGUGCGUAGGAUAAAGAUUAAUUCAUGGUGUCUCACAAUUAUUCUGAUAUAAUCGUAUGCUGGGAGUGUGUUCACUUGUUUAUUGAUCUUUAUUUGUAACGAUAAGGGAUAGAUAAGGGACAGGCAAGAUAAGUAAUACAAGUUUCCACUUGGCGUUCAUUUAUGGGGGCGGUGACGGUAUCGCCAUCUCGCGGUGAGAAGGACGAACUAAAAUUCGUUGUUUGUUGGCGUUUAUUAAAAAAAAUAAUAAACAUAUAUAGACUUUAAACCUGUAUUAGUCCUAAAUAUAUAAAAGACAAUACGAAAAUAGAAAUAUUUACAUCGUUACAAUGUAAUACUUAAUAUUAGAAGUCGUCUUAGCCUAAGUGUGUUUCAUUGUACUAGAUAUGUUUUUGUUCCGAGUGUAGCAUGUCUGUAUAUAUUUCUGUGUUUUAUUGUGUUGUUGGUGUCCUACUGUGAUUCCGAGUGUCGCGUGUAUUGUUAUUUUUGAUUCCUGUUAAAUCUGCAAGUUAUUUUCUUUUAGG